UCUGCAAAUCUUGCAUAAGUAAGAUGAAGGACGUUCUACAAGAUGGUUGGUUUCGUCUUGGUUCGUUUGCUUUAAAGCUCUUCCAASUGAAGAAAAACUGGAGUGAGGCAGAAGAUCACUGCAAAUCGAUUGGCGGCAAUCUAGUAUCGAUUUCCAGCUCUUAUGAGAACGAUUUUGUAAAUGACGUUUUGGCAAAAGUAAAGCCUCCAUCAGACCGUGAAUAUUGGUCACUUGACGGGAAUGACAAAGAAAUAAGUCUGGAGUCUAAGUCUUACCCUCCUGUCAAAGCUCGAUACGAAGAGGUCGAUGGAGUGAAAGCAUUGUAUCUAACAGGACAAUACAGCUACGCUAACGUACCCGCUACUCUACCGUUCAAUGCYAGAGGGUAUACCAUGAUGGUGUGGUUAAAGCCAGAGCCAUUUAAACUUACAAACSGAUUCAAAUUUAAACAAAUAAUUACUGACUUAGGAAGCGGUUCAGAAAAAUCGUUUCGAUUACAGUAUUUCCAGAAAGGUGUUAAUUAUGGCGACACUUUGUUAUUUGAUGUGUUUGAUAACAGUAGUGAAGUAAUCCAGGUUCGAGCGCCAAGCAAAUCUCCGCCUCCUAUUGUUUGGACUCACAUUGCUGCUACUUCGAUUUAUACGCUCGAUGGAAAAGAUAUGAGAAUUAAACUAGACAUUGUGGUGAAUGGUUCUAGGGCCGCUGACCAGUGGUUUUCCAAUGAGCCUGCCCACGUGCAGCCACGCCCUCAUUACCAGUUAGGCGUCACGAGAGGCGAAUGGAGCAAUGUCAAU